AAUAUUAAAGAAUUAAAAAAAGCGUAGCAAAUGUCACUCCUUCACUCCUCCAAUCAAUGUAUCUAACAUAUAGAAUUUUGCAUACUUUUUAUACCACCUCGAAUAAAUCCUGUUCUUAAAAAUAGCAGAUAGCUGCAUCAAUUUUAAUUUUGAUUGAAUUAUUUUUCUCUAUAAAUACCACGCCCGGCCAUGCACCGCUCGUAGUGCGGGUCCAUUCUCGACGGUCGUGCGAUAUUUUGCGAAUAUUAUGUUUGUCCGGCUAGUGUGCGUGCUGGCCCUGGUCGCAGUGGGGAUCGAAGCCCAGAGAAACGUCAACAAUUUACGACGGAGACCGACGAGAGUCAACGUCAGGCAGCGCAACCUUGCCCGUAACUCGACCAUAGACGAUGGCGAGAUUAAGCUGGCUUUUGUUAUUUUCAGACAUGGCGACCGCACCUCUGGUCCGGAAGAGAUCAAGAGGUUCCCUUCGGCCCAUUUAAACAACUCCGUGUUUUAUCCUUAUGGAGAAAAGGGAUUAACCAACGAAGGUAAAAGGCACGCUUACAACGUUGGGGAAUACCUGAGGAAGCGCUACGAUGGGUUCCUAUCGGAGCUGUACCUACCGGAGGAGAUUUCCAUCCGUACCACUGACUUCGCCAGGACGAAGAUGACCGUUCUGGCCGCCCUGGCCGGUCUCUACCCUCCGAAUCGUCAGCAGAAGUGGAACUACUACCUCAACUGGCAGCCCAUUCCUUACGACACGAGAACCGUGACCGAGGAUGAUCUGUCAGUAUACAAGAGCUGCCCCAAAUACGCAAGCAUAAAGACUAAAGUCUACGAUGUACCUGAAGUGCACGAGAGGAUUGAAGAGAAUCGAGAAUUCCUUAAGAAUUUGAGCUCAAACGCGGGCUACGAGUUCAAGGGAACGUCAGACAUGUAUUUCUUUAACAACCUGGUUCACAGCUUGGAAAACGUGGGAGUGAAACUGCCCCAGUGGGUGCAAGAUGCUAAACCAAAAAUUACGGAACUGACAAGUUUAGAAUUCGAGUGUGAAUUCUACACUCCAGAACUGAAGAGAAUGGGAGGAGGAGUUGCUUUGGGCGAGUUCGUGGAGGCGAGCCGCGCGAUAAUGUCGGGCGACAGCUCGCAGCCCAAGGUGCACCUGCUGUCGGCGCACGAGAACUCCGUGGCGGGCUUCAUGGCGGCCGCCGGCGUCUUCACCAAGCCCCACCAGCCCAGCUACGGCGCCACCUUCUCCCUCGAGCUGCGCCGCAACGUCACCACCAGCAAAUACGGAGUCAUGGCCGUGUACUCCGCCCAGCCCGGAGGUCCUGGAGUGCAGUUGCCCAUCCCGGGGUGCGAGGGACAGACCCUGUGUGACUUCGACACUUACCUGGACCUCAGAAAGGACAUCUACAUUUCACGCGACGAAUACAAAAAGGAGUGCGGUGCCCAGUAAAUUAUAGUGUUUUGUUUUUAUA